CGAGCUCGCCUGCCCUCUUGCCUUUCGAUACGUCAACGGCGCUUGGGCGGGCAAUUUGCCGAUAGUGGAGGAGGGAGGCCAGGCGCAAUGGGAGGAGCCUGUGAGAAGUCCUCGCCACCUGCUUGCCUGGGAUUCGGGAUUUGUUCUCACCCGCUUAAGCUCGGAUCUGCUUUUGGAAGCGUCGUUUUUUUCUCCAGCGUUUAGUUUCAAUCUAGUUUGCUUGUUGAUUUAAGGCCAGGCCUAAUACUCGGUUAUGUUUUCACAAUCGGGUUGGCUACUAAAGUGACUGAGAUCCUAUGUUUUUCUAAGGUGCUUCUUGCCCCAAACACACAAACGAACUUGUCGUCCACGUCCAAGUUCAUCGCCGAGGAAACAGUUCAUGAUUGUUCCAAAUGAUUGGGUGUCAGUUUGUCUGAGUGAGUGCAUAUCUGUGUGUUUUGUGGCCAAGCAUCCGUUUGCUCUAUCAAUAUUUCCAUGUUUACUGAGGAAAUUCAUUCGGAAUAAAAUGAGUUUUACCCGCUAACAACAACAAUAACGACAUCAACAACAACAACGGCAGUAACAUAAGUAACGCCUUGCGUUGUGGCAGACAAGCGAAAGUGGAUGGAAUAGACUCCUCAAAUGAGAUGGGAUUUGUGAUUUGUGUCUCUGAAUUAGGUAGUCAACGUAUUUGUGGCUCAUAAAGCCAUCUCAGAUCAAGUUCAUCACCCACGACAGGCCGUUUUUGCUUGGGGAUUCUGACAAUUUCUUUGGGCUUGCAAGUGCAACGAGAAGUGUAAUGAAAGACGCUUCUAUUUCACGAAUAGCACUCGGCCAGCAUUUGUUUGUGCUAAAGUUCAAAGUUUCCUCAGGGAGCUCUCGGUGCAGCAUCCCAGACUUGUCUUAAUAUUGGGAAAUCUAAACUAGGGCAACAGCAACAGCUACACGACCACAUUAUCCGGAUUCCCCCGUUUCCAGCCGAGAAUACGGCCAAAGCUCUCUCGAUGCACAUGCAAGACAAUUUCAAGUCAAGUCAUCUCGAUCACAGUACUCCGGGUGAGACCUCUCUGGCCCUUGCCAAGCAAGAAGCCAUUGACGUAGCUGCUGCAGCGGCGGCAUCUGCGGCGGCAGCGGCGGUAGCCGCAGCGGAUUUCGAAGAUCAGAAAAUGCAUGCUCUCUUUGGACAGAACGAGUCGUAUUGGCGAAGUACUUAUUCAUCGUCGCUUCCGAUUGGCGGGAUGCCGCCCAAUUUGACGAACUGUUAUUCGGCCUAUGAUCAAUACUCGCCCCAUGCGGCCAUGUCCGCAGCUGCGGCGAGAUAUUCGCCCUACUCAGCAUAUUCUAACGGUCCUCAAAAAGAUAUGGUGAAGCCGCCUUACUCCUAUAUCGCCCUAAUUGCCAUGGCCAUUCAGAACAGCCCUGAAAAGAAGGCCACAUUGAACGGGAUCUAUCAGUUCAUCAUGGAGCGAUUCCCUUAUUAUCGGGACAACAAGCAGGGCUGGCAAAAUUCCAUCCGCCACAAUCUAAGCCUCAAUGAAUGUUUUGUCAAAGUGGCACGGGAUGAUAAGAAACCAGGAAAGGGCAGCUAUUGGACCUUGGAUCCCGAUUCCUACAACAUGUUUGAAAAUGGAAGCUUCUUGAGACGGCGGAAACGCUUCAAAAAGAAGGACGCCGUUCGAGAAAAAGAAGAAAUGCUCAAGCGAACCUUGGUUCCAAGUGCCGAGAUGUUGGCCUCACUAUCACCCAACUCCCACCAUCCCUACAGCCACCACCACCAUCAACAGCACGCCCAACCCCAACAACAGCAUCAUCACAGUAUGGGCCAUCACGGUCAGCACGGGUCCUAUCACCAAUACUCGGACUCGGAUUCCGCUUUGGAAGAGAAACCUGUUGUGUCAGAAGCCAAGGUGAAAUACACCGCUCGAUCAGAGGGUGGGACGGCCAGAGGCCAUUUAAAUCAUCACCACGCCAAACUCAAAGUCGAGCCGUCAGAUCCUCUCCACAUGGAUUCAGCUACCUCACACGCCUCCUCGGGUGUAACAGGGGCGCAUCUGGCACCGCCUCCACCCUACCAUUCAGACCAGGUUCUAUCUCAUCUCGAUUACUCGUCACCAGACGGGAAGACGCCAGGCGUCAUGGUCGGGGGUCCCACGUCUCUCAUCCAACACAGCUUGGCCAACCUUAGUCCGAUCAUCUCCACUUCGGUCAACUCUUCAUCGUCUUCUUCCGGUCACCUGCCCCCGUCGUUGGUGAAUGGCAGUGCUAGAGGAGGUCAGCUCCAGCUGGCUGCUCCCACCUCAGUGGGUCCAUCAUCUAAUUCUUCUUCGCCCGUAGCGCCACCACUGGCUUCAGACACCAUUCCUCCCCAGGGAGUCACUCCUAGUGCGAAUACUGACACGUGCAACAAUUUCUCGGUCGACUCACUUAUGACAGUCAACCAAAGUUUGGAGAAUGGACGUCCAUCGGACCCAGUCAGUCGGGAUAGUAGUCCCAAUCCUGGACCCCAGCCCCCCAUGCACCACCUAGGGGGGGUGGACUCUCCGCCAGCUACUCAUCAUCAUCACCACCAUCACGCUCACAAUUUGGACAUGUCAGCCUAUCGGGCUUGGGGAUCAAGUCAAUAUCACGGGCAUUACGGGGGUCAGGCCUUGGACGAUUUGGCGGCCAUGACGGCUUCGGCCGUGGCGGCCAGUGCAGCUGAGAACGAGUCCAUGAACGGAGGCUCAUCGCCGCCCAACGGACUGAACGGUCUACCCGGAAACCAUUAUCGUUCAUCGUGGUAUGCAUUGCCGUCGGCAAUAUCCGCUGGAUCUCAUAUGCAAUCGGUUCCAAUCGGAGAUCAUAGCCCCAAUACCCUGAGUUCCAUGUCAGAGGGCUUCUCGAAUCGAGAGGCUCCUUCCUAUUUUGGAGAUCCCCACCACCAUCAGAAGCUGUUCUUAUCCAAUUCCAAUGCACCCUUGGGCCAUUGCAAUCGCUAUCGUCCUCAAGCUUCGUACGCCACGUCUCCCAUGGGCUCUGUGGCCGGUGGAAAUUAUGGCGGAUUGUCCCAUUCUCAUCUAGCUCAACAUCAUUCGGACUGCAGUGGUUCCAUUGUGGGUCUGACAAGUGAUGCCACCUCUAGCAAGUAUUAACCCAAACCCACUCCACCAAAACGACUAGAAUUGCCCCUUUCUCUCUUCAUAAUCAUUAUCCAACACCAAAACAAGCUGUUAAUCCCGGGUCCCGAUCCGAAAUUGGUUGUGUACUGUAUGUUGCAUUCAAGAUGGAACCAGGCGAAUGGGUCCAAAACGAACGUCAGCUGAUGAUCAACGUACGUUGUCGUAUAUUUGUAGCUUGUCUGACCUCGACAACGCCAAUUACUAUUUGAAGUAUGCUAAUAAACAUUUCCAACACAUUUUUUUGCCUGA